AACAGCUCUCCUCCCAUGGUCUCUAUUAUGGAUCUCUAGCGAGCAGCGAGAGUGUGUAAAAUGCUCAUGCUCCCCACUCUUGUAUGAUCCUAUCCCGUCCCGUGCCAUGUUUUGUGUGUGUUUUGUAGGCUAUCUAAAGAAGGACCCAUAAGACAUACAUACUUCAGGCCGAGUGUGGAGGACGGAAGAAGCACGGCUUUUCAGCUCAAGUCCUGUUUAUACUCAUAAAAUCCCAUAGGGUCACGUAAUCAUUCCGAGAACCCAAGCGUUGUUCAAGCUGUUGUUCAUCCGUGCUCGGCAGAAUGGAGUGUUCCACCGCAAAACAACAAGACACUGCGGAACAAUAGAUGUGGAAAACGGUGGCACACCAUUUACCCCUGACUUAUGAGUGUUUAUGUUCAUGUUCCGAUCGUGUCGGAUCAACCAGUUGGUGAAUAAACUUCUGCAAUAUGAAACGAAAAAGGAAGAAACAUGGGACCAUGACGAUUAUUGGGCGGUCCAAGGCCCUCCACCUUCCAAGAACCACCUCCAAGAACGGCGAACCCUGUCUAAAUCCUUACUCAAAAGACUCUCCGAAAUACAAUUGAGAGCCUUGCUCCGUUCAGUGGAGAGUGAAGGUAGUUUGGAUACCAGUUGUGGAUCUUCCCAAGAAAACUGUGUGAUUGUGAGCAACUCAGUGGUGAUUCGGAGAGAUGCCCGCGUGCGGGUGGAUCCCAAAGUGUUAACUUGCCAAUUAUUUCGAUGGAUCGAUCUGAGAGACGACUUGGAACUCAAACGAUUGCCCUUUUGUCAAGCCAAAUUGAAUAACCAUGGCGACAUACAGGUGGAAUGCUGCAAUCCCUAUCAUUGGAGUCGGGUCUGGAAACCCAUAUCGGUAUCCGAAGAUUUAUCCCCUGAACUUUCCGAGCGGCUUCAAAGUAGCUCUCCGGACCUUCCGCUUUGUGGAUCUUCCAACGGGUCCCAAGAGAUCCAAACGCCGAAUGAAAAGCGGAAACGAAUCCACGAAGGCUCAAGUGGAAGUGAAAAAUGUCCGCAAAAAAUGUCCUUCAAGCAUAUUGACCCUGGCGAAUACUCCGAGAUUUCAUCUUGCUCAACUGAAAUGGUGACCUCGUCUUCCUGCCUAAUUUCCCACUCAACUCAUGGUACUCAGCUACAAAAUCAAUACGGGUUCACAUCCCAAGUUGGACUUUCAAAGCCAGGUUCUCGGCCUUGGUGUCGCUUGGCUUAUUGGGAGUGCAAAGAUCGCCGUGGGGAACCGUUUCCUGUGAUAUCCAAUUCCGUCGACGUAUUCACUCAUCUGCCCAAAGGUUCGGGUCUGUGCCUUGAAAAUGUCUUUGGCCAGAGUCCCAUUCCAAAAGAUAAGGCCGUCCUCAAAACCAGACAGAAAAUCGGACAAGGGAUCCUUUUAAGUCACGAAGAUUCUACGGGUCAAGUGUGGGUCUACAAUCGAACUCGAGAUGCGAUUUUUGUACAUUCACCCACUUUGGAUCCACCUGCUCCCCGAAUGGACGUGGUCCACAAGAUCAUGCCCGGUCGAUCGGCUCAGAUCUUUGACUAUGAAAAGUCUUGGAUCUUUCAACGCGACCGGGAUCCCCGAGACUUUCCAAUGGAUCCAUACUCCGUUCAAAUCAGUUUUGUCAAGGGUUGGGGCCGUGAGUACAAACGUCCCGAUGUUCUGUUAUGUCCUUGUUGGUUGGAGAUCCGAAUGGAGAGAAGAACCAAAAGAUGAUAAGUUCAAGCUUCGGACGCGGUCUCAAAAUGUUGAAGGCCAGGAUUUGCAACCCCUUGGUGAAAUAACUUCGUCAAAGCCUCCUCUUGUGCGGAACAAUGGAACUUCCCUCUUGACCUUGUCUUGGAAGAAAAAAGUGAUCCAAGAGAAAUGGGUGCAUUGUGAUAUCGCUAACAUUGAUCCCUCAAUGUUGACCGACUGGGAAAUACAUGAACACUUUAAAUUUA